AUGGCAACAGAUAUCUCCGCUACACACUACCCCGAGGCAACCGGCCCGGUCCACAUUGUCUUCUCCCAGCCCACACAGCCCACACGCUGGAUCGAGGGGACAACUGAAUGCAGACACAUGGAGUCGCUCUUCCUCCUCGUCGACGAUGCCAGAGACGCCCAUAUCCGGCAAUUGAUGGCCGUCUUCCCCCACCUCGAAAACAAGAACAGAGUCGUCCGCUACGCCAACCUCAAGAUGGAUCAGCACUACCCCGAGAACAGCAACAGCCUGCCCGAUGAGUGGGGUCGCACCAGGAGUCGACCCCUCUUUGGCCAGCUCUUCCGUGUCGAGACUCGUUUUGUAAAUAUCGGCAACACCAGCGUCCAGUUCCAGCACCGAUUCUUGACUGUCCCCAAGAGCCAGGCCAAGCGGGAUUUUAACAACCGGGAAGAGGACGAGCAAUACGCCACUUUGGACGAAGAUGAUGAGCCCGAGCGGGUCUUCGCCAGCGCAGAGGGAUCGAUCGUCUUUGUGAAAUGGCAGACGGACGACAAUGGAUUCCGCUUCUUUAGACCUACCCCAGGAAUCUUCUAUGACAAGUCUCUUGCUGCCCCCUCGGCCAUCCAGUUCCUGAAUGCUCAGGCACCCGGCAAGAGAGCUGCUGGUUCUGAACGACCCGCCAAUGCCUUCCGUGUCCAGAUCCACUUGCGCAAAUCGGACGAGGAUGAACUGGGACACGUCACCAACUCUCGCUAUGUGUCGUUGAUUCAUGACGUCCUGACGUUUGGACUCCGUACCGGAUACUAUGCUAACGGCUCGGGUUCCUCCAAGACCGCAGCAGAUUUGCCCAAGAUUGCAUCCCACGAGACCGAUGCCAAGGCAGAGGUCGCAGUCCCAGCCGGAUCGGCCUUCUACAAGCGUGGGGAUGUCUUUGAGCUGUACGUUGGAUACGAGCGUGAACUGAAGGUUAAGCCUGGUGUCUAUGUCUGGACCUGGGUCGAGCCUGAGAGGAUUCAUGGCGAGUACGAUGUGAUCCGUUUCGAGGUCUGCUCAACAGAGAACGGCAAGGAGGAGGUUGUUUCUUUGAGCCGUGCCAUUGUCCACCAGGAUCCCCAGACGCGCGCGUCCCUUUAA